AUGGGAUAAUUUAAAUCAAAGGAAAGCGAUUCUAAAAUUAUAGAAACAAAAAAAAGUGUUUUAGAAUACUUAAUCGAUUCUGAACAAAUAGAAGAUGCUUAGGACCUUUAAAAAAUUACUAAUCUGACCUAUAAAAUAAUUUAAAGGGAUACCGCAGGCGAAGAGUGUGAGAAUGUAGCAUAAGUUUUAACAUAAUGCAAAUAAUUAUAAUCUUUAUAGAUAGAUAUUAGCUAAAGGUAUAUAUCUUCAAAUUAUUUUCAAUUCCUAACAGAGUCUCUAUGCCAUCUUCCUUUUCUUUAAGAAUUAUUCUUAUUUGCAACAGAUAGCUUAAUUAAGAAUGAGGGAGCAAAAUUACUUGCCAUACCUUUAAGUUAAAUGAAUUAACUUAAAACACUAGUUUUAGAAUUUAAUUCUAGCUAAAUAGGUUAGUUCGGAGCUAAAUAAUUAGGACAAGCUUUGAGUAAAAAAACUGAAUUAACUUAUUUGUAUUUAGGAUUUGAUUGUAAUCAAAUAGAUUACUAGGGUGCUUAUUCAAUUUUGUCAAAUUUAAAAGAUUCUACUAAAUUAGAAACUUUUUUCUUAAAGAUAAGUAAUUAUAAAGAAGAUUAAGGGAUAUUUGACUGCUUAGUUUAGUUAAUAGAGCUAAUCCCAUAGCUCUAAUCCUUAGUUUUAUGUAUGAGUCUUUCUGUAAAUAAUGUUCAAAACUUUAAGUAAGCCAUAACUAAAUUAAAGAAACUAAAAAUUCUAAAGAUAUUUACAGAAACAGGAUAAUAAAGUAGAACUAUUAAGCAACAACUAGUAUCAUUAAACAAAAUGAAAUACUUAGUAACAAAAACAAUAAGGUGA